CGGGCCGUCGACUUGAAGGUGCGCGUACCGGUGGCGCUGAUCGCGGAACCGGAGCAGGAGCAACCGAUCGACUACCACAUACCGAAGCGCCCGCCGCCGACCGCGGCCGCUGAAGGGCCGCGAAACGAAGCGGAGGAGGAAGAGAACAGGGGCGCCGACAAGGGCGCCGAAGUGACAACGAGCCCCCACCCGGCCGCCAUCUUGCAGCGGAACCUGCAGCCGUUUCGGUCGGCGGCCGCGGCAGCUGCGGCCGCCGCCGUCCUGAGCGGUAUCGUACAGGGUGCCGCCGGCCACGGACGGUCCUCGAGCGGUGGAGGUGGCGGUAACGGCGCUGCCCAAAACCAAUCCGGUGGUGGAGGUGGGGGCGGCGGGACAUCGAACGGUGGUGGCGGUGGCGGAUAUGCGUCCGGUGGUGGCAGCGGAGGUGGAGCCAGCGGUGGUGCCUUCGGUGGUGGUACGGGGAGCGGCGGUGGUAUGGGAGGUCGUGACGGUCGCUCCAACUACGGUCCGAACAGCCCUCCCACCGGCUCCCUGCCACCGUUCUACGAAAGCCUCAAGGGGGGCGGUGCGGGCGGAGCCCUGAACAGCUACAACGCGAACGGCGGCUACCUGACGAACGGCACGUCCAGCUACCAGCAACUGCUCAGCACGCUCGACUGUGAGGCCACCGUGCAGGAACUGAGCGGUGGUGGGUCGGGCGGCGGAGGUGAGAGCAGUUUGCUGGGAUUGGGACCCGCCUUUGCCAGUUACGGGAGUGCGACGGGCGCGGGUGGCGACGGUGGCGGUGAUGGUGAGAGAGACGGCGGCAAUGACGGUGGCGGCGGCGGCGGCGCUAACGGCACCAGCGAUGGCAGCGACAUUGGCAGUCCGGAAUCGGCGGCGGUGGUGGCGGUAGCGGCGGCGGCUGCUGCCGCCGCUAUGGGCAAACACUGCCACCUGAUGCUGCACAGUCACUUCGGGUUGCCGCUGAAGGACGAGAUCGAUCUGGACUACGAUGCGAAGGUGGACUCGACCCUGCAGGGCCUGUACGUGAGUGGCAGGGCCGGGCACGGCGAUGGCGGAGACAGCACGGGAGCGGCUGGUGACAUUGUACCUGUGGGUGGUGGAGCAUCCGGGAGUAACGGCGGCAGUGGCGGCUACGGGGUGACGGACGCCAUGAUUGACAUCGGCGACUCGUUGCAGCUGACGAGCUACGCUUCGUCCGGCGGCGGCAGCCCCACGGUGCUGCUGGAAGGUUUGAGCGAUGCGGAUUUCUCGCUCUACUCGCGCGCCAUGCACGACGAACAGUCGAGCAACGGCAACGACCUGGAGCUCACCUCCACGCCCUCGCUGACGCCCGACUCCGUGGGCACCCCGCUGCAACACAUUGACUCCGCGCACGAAGCCUUCGGCGACGUUUACCCUUCCGGCGAACCGCACCACCACCACCCGAACGGACAUCUGACACUGCCGCGGGAGUACGCGACGAUGGUCGCUGCUGCAGCCUUCAGCAGUCAGCACCACUCGCUGACGCCCAACACCAUCCAACCGCAUCACGGCGGCCACCAGCAGCAUCAGCACCAGCAGCAGCAGCAGCAGCAACAGCAGCAGCAGCAGCAGCACCUGCAGAAGUACGGCGCGGCGCACGACAACAACAACCAGCCGGGGCUGGGCUACCUCCAGGCGGGCGUCGGAGCGGCCUCCUACCAGUCGUACCAGGCGCUACUCCGUUACGAUCCGCUCGACGGCCACAGCAACUUGUCGCUGCCGUCGCCAAACGGCGGCUCGUCAUCGUUGGACGUAGCGCUACAGCAGAGCCUGCAGCCGCCGAUGCUACAAGGCGCCGGAUCGAACGGCACCUCACUGCACCUCCAGCCCAACUCGCUGCACCAGCAACACCAGCAGCAGCAGCACCGAUCGCUCGGAGUCCGAUCGCCCGGAGCCACCUCCUCGAGCGUGGGCCACGUAGCGGUAGUCGGGCCACCCCCAGCCGUCAUUGCUUGCACCAUUCAGAACGUAUGUAGUGGCGGAAUGUUCUGCGGUUUGCCUAGACACAUGCCUUCACUAACGUUCCAUUUUUUUUUUUAGCUCGGACUUCCUGCCGAUUCGGAGCUGCAGUUCGUUAACGGCGGCCAUGGCAUCAAGAACCCGCUGGCAAUCGAGAAUGUGCCGCUACGGAUGCGUAUCGAUGAGCGCCACAGUAAAUCGCUAGGCGCCAGCGGCGGCGGUGGCGGCGGUGGGGGCGGCGGUGGCGGCGGCGGUACAUCCAAAGCACGCAGCCACCAACACCACAGCCAGCAGCAACACCAUUCGCAGCAUCAGCUGUUACCACAGAAGCAGCUGGACAGUAAUGCGGUCGUCGUUGGUUCGGCGACCAUAGCUAGCUCGUCAUCUGCGUCCUCAACGGCUUCCCUUUCCUCGGGCUCCUCCACUUCCUCUAACUCACCCUCCUCCUCUUCCGCAUCGUCUACCUCGUCGUCCGCCGCUUCACCGAACGGGUGUAGAUCACCCGGGCACAGCGGCAUGGCUGGCGUUACGGUUGUGUGUGCUCCGACGGCGGCAGCCACCGACGAGGACCAGAACCGUUUCGUCUGUCGCAUCUGUUCGAAGACAUUCAGCCUGCAGCGGCUGUUGAACCGGCACAUGAAGUGCCAUUCGGAUGUGAAACGGUACCUGUGUACGUUCUGCGCGAAGGGCUUCAACGACACGUUCGACCUGAAACGGCACACGCGCACCCACACCGGCGUCCGACCGUACAAGUGUAACUUGUGCGAGAAGUCCUUCACGCAGCGCUGCUCGCUCGAAUCGCACUGCCUCAAGGUGCACGGCGUCCAGCACCAGUACGCCUACAAAGAGCGCCGCACGAAGAUGUACGUGUGCGAAGAGUGUGGCCACACGACGAACGAACCGGAAGUGCACUACAUGCACUUGAAGGAGAAGCAUCCGUACUCGCCUGCACUGCUUAAGUUUUACGACAAACGGCACUUCAAGUUCAGUAACGCAGCGUUCGCCAACAAUCUGCUUGGCUCGCUACCGAUGCCGGUGCACAAUUGA